AUGGAUUCCAUGCACCACGACAACAAUACUUUUAUGCCCCAGAUUUCGGCGCCACCCUUGAUGAAUCUCCCGCCUCAAAUAUUCGGGGCUUACACUGCAGAUGGUUUACCGAUCUCGACAUUACCCGAUUUGACCGGUCCGCUUUUCGGUGAUGGGAGCCUUCUCGACGAAAGCAAUGAGGCCAAGAGGAGGAGGAUAGCGAGGGCUUGUGACAUGUGCCGGAAGAAGAAGAUCAAGUGCGAUGGAAAGUUACCGGCUUGUACGCACUGCAUCAAUUAUAAAACAGAAUGUGUUUUUACACAGGUCGAAAAAAAGAGGAAUCCACCAAAAGGAGCGAAAUAUAUUGAGGGUCUCGAGAAUCGUCUAGGUCGCAUGGAAAGUCUGUUAAAGCUAUCUGGUCUCCUUAGCGAAGAAGAUGGCGGACGAACGGAUCUGGGAACAUUGGAGAAGAUAUUACAGGAAAAGAACCUUUCGCGCAGAGCAUCUGCUGUACCCGGUUCAAGUGUAGCUUCCCCGACUCAAAGCACUCCAGGCGGUCCGGUUGAUGCGAAUGGAACGACCCCUCGAAGUACCAUAGCAUCACCGGAAUCAAACAAAGAAUCCGAGAAACGCAAUAGUAAAGCUAGUAGGAAUCGGGACAGUGAGGAAAAAGAGGAGCCUGUCGAGGCGCUUUCAGAUAUGAUGUGCUCCUUAGUUACAAACAACUGUGGAGAAACUCGAUAUAUAGGAUCCUCGUCUGGAUUCUCUAUAUUUUCACCAAAAGGGAUCUCAUGGGUCAACGAGAAAACAGGCGACGCAUCCUUCCAGGAAAUGAUUUCAUCCGCUUCGGUGGACGACAACAAGAUGAUGUAUUGGAAGCCAGAGGUAUUCUCAGAUUUGUUUGCACGCCCGGUAUGGAGGCGACUACCCCCUAAAAACGAGUGCGUAUCCUUACUCAAGGACUUUUUCGAGAAUUUUAAUUGCAUGUUUCCACUUUUCCACCAACCUACGUUCAUGCAUCUAGUCGACCGACAAUACUCCAGUGACCCCUAUGAUGGCUCCGGAUGGUGGGCAAGUCUCAACUGUGCACUUGCCAUCGCUCAUCGUCUUCGUGUUAUGAGUCAUCUCGUGCCACAGGAAGAAGACACGAAAGCUUGGGGCUAUCUCAAAAAUGCCAUGGGUGUCUUCACCGAGCUCACCAUGCGAAACACUGAUCUUUUAAGCGUACAGGCGCUGUUGGGAAUGGCCUUGUUCAUGCAGGGUACACCUAAUCCCCAGCCUUCAUUUUUUCUUGUAGCAGCUGCUAUUCGUCUUUCGCACAGUAUUGGACUCCAUAAACGUGGAUCUGGCUUCAAUCUCAAUCCAGUGGAGAUCGAGCAACGCAAACGUGUGUUUUGGAUAGGCUACAUGCUAGACAAAGACAUUUGUUUACGUUCGGGAAGACCCCCUGCACAGGACGAUGACGAUAUGAAUGUCGAACUACCAAGUGCCGACCCUGAAGAUAAUAUUGGCAAUAUUCCUCUGGCCGAUGGAAAAGGAAAGGUUAACCUUUUUCGCUUAAUGUGUGAGUUUUCAACCAUUGAGAGCAAGGUAUACAAGCAGCUCUAUUCGACUAAAGCUUCGAAACAAUCUGAUGGAGAGCUCCUUAACACCAUAGGAGAGCUUGAUUCUCAACUUGAGGAAUGGAAAGAUAGUAUCCCAGUCGACUUCCGUCCAGAGCAUGAGAUUAAGGCUUCACAUACUCCAUUAAUUCUUCACGUUGUCGUUCUUCAUUUUGCUUACUAUAAUUGCCUGACCACAAUUCAUCGAAUGUCUGUUCAUCACGGAUACUGGACCAGCCGUCUUUCCAACUAUGCUAUUCAAGGACUGAAUGCCAGACCUUUAAAUCCCCGUGUCUUUUCUUCCGCCGCCUUGUGCGUUUCUGCUGCUCGCGCUUCAAUACAUCUCAUCAAAUAUGUUCCCCAAGGCGAUUUUGCUUGUGUCUGGCUUAUUCUCUAUUUCCCAGUUUCUGCACUUGUAACCCUUUUCGGCAACAUUCUACAAAAUCCCCAAGACCCUCGGGCGCGUUCUGAUGUACGUCUUAUGAACCUUGUUGUCAACUUCCUCUCCAUGCUGGGUACCGAGGAAGAGAAUGGAGGUGUGAAGCGUAUGCUGGGGGUCUGUUCAGAGUUUGAAAGGAUUGCGAAAGUUGUUUUGGACAAAGCAGAAAAGGAGACAUCUUCAAGGAGAAAGCGCAAGAGUCACGAUGACUCGGCUAAACCGUCACAUAUGUCUAGGGCUGGUCAGCCACAAACUCCCAGGAAUCAUGCUCCAAAUUCUAUGCCUGGGGUCUUUUCUCCUAACUCGACCAAUCAUUUGAAUCUACAGAAUGGUUAUAGCCCCAUGCAAGGAGCUUCGCCGAACUCAAAUUGGCAGCCAGAUUAUAGUGCUUCUGGGAAUGAUUUCAUGGGUCAAAACAUGGCGACACCGUUUGGAAGUGUUCAGGGCUUUACAAACGGCAAUGAGUUCAACUCUCCACUAAAUCCAAAUACUUUUCAACAGCCCUUUGUCCCGCAGGAUCUCUGGCAGAUGCCAAUGACCCUCGAAUGGGACUGGGCAGAGAUGACCGGAGGCGCAUACCAAAGCUUCGAGAAUGGAGUCAUGGGUGAUCCCAAUCUUCACAUGAAUAAUAACGCACAUCUACAACACCAAGGGGGAGGAAUCUCUCUGGCUAAAAUUUCUCAGACCACGAUUCAAUCCGCCGCACGAAACUCUCUUCGUACAUCAUCGACUGCACCUUUAUUACGGUCGCGGAUAGCUGCACAGAGGGUGCGCACAUUUGCCACUCAACCGCCCAAGCCAGACGAGGAUAAGAAGAAGGAUGAGUCGGAGGUAGAGUCGAAAAAACAAAAGCCCGCGGAGCUACCCGCCAAACCCGCCCUUGGGUCGGAACAAUCUUACAAUGUAAAGGCUCCGGUUUUAACGAAGGGGUAUGUGAGAUUGACUGAGGAGGAGGCAAAGCAGCUAGAGCAACUGGUUACUUCUAUGCAAGUUGGAGAAGGACAAGCCAAAAAAAUGAAAGCAGCUAUGCGGAUGAUGCAAAGGACAGGGGCACCACCCGAGACGAGAGAUUUGUUGCACGAAGUGAAGGGUAAAGAGAUAACUUUGAUGCAGGCGGCAAAACUUACAACAUUAGUGCUGAAGAUGGCAUGGUCAGCUUCGAAAAACAUGUCGUCACAAGGAACGAAUUUCAACCCAAACGAGCUCAAACCUCCUACGGACGACAAGAAGGGGGGUCAAAGCCAGAAUCAGGGUGGCAAGCAGGGCGAAAAGAAAGGUGGCAAGCAGGAAGGGUUCAAUUUCGGUAAUCCGUCGGACAUGAAACUUGAUACCACGACCUUAUUGAUUGGAUCCUUCGCAACAUACUUUUUAUGGCAGACAAUCUUCCCAGGGGAGAACAAGAAGGAUAUCACAUUCCAGGAAUUUCGAAAUAACUUCUUUGAUAAAGGAUUGGUCAAAAGAUUAACAGUGGUUAAUAGCCAGAAGGUUCGAGUUGAUCUCCACACCGAAGCGGCAGCGUCGAUGUAUCCCGAUACCCCGGCCGGGAACCCCAACUUUCAUUACUAUUUCUCAAUAGGUUCGGCUGAAGGGUUUGAGCUGCGAAUGGAACAAGCACAAAACGACCUAGGAAUACCCACCUCGGAGAGAAUCCCAAUUAGUUACGCUAGUGAUGGGGAUACAUGGGCCUUCAUCUACACUUUCGGUCCUACGCUUCUAUUCAUCGGUGCUGUUUUCUUCAUGUCAAAACGAGCUUCAGCAGGCGCUGGAGGUAAUAGUGGCAUAUUUGGAAUGGGGAAAAGUCGAGCAAAGCAAUUCAAUCACGAGACUGAUGUAAAGGUCAAAUUUAAGGAUGUCGCAGGUAUGGACGAAGCAAAGCUAGAAAUUAUGGAGUUUGUUUCCUUCCUAAAGACACCGGAGCAAUUCCAACGCUUAGGUGCUAAAAUUCCUCGCGGUGCUAUUCUAUCUGGACCCCCAGGUACUGGUAAAACAUUACUAGCAAAGGCAACAGCUGGCGAAUCUGAAGUACCGUUUUUCAGUGUCAGUGGUUCCGAGUUCGUGGAGAUGUUUGUUGGUGUUGGAGCAUCGAGGGUUCGAGACCUUUUUGCCAUGGCAAGAAAGAGUACUCCAUGUAUUAUUUUCAUUGAUGAGAUCGAUGCCAUUGGAAAGUCUCGUGGAAAGUCUGGUGGCUUUUCGGGAGGUGGAAACGAUGAGCGGGAAGCUACGCUCAAUCAGAUUUUGACUGAGAUGGAUGGUUUCAACACAACUGAGCAAAUUGUUGUUCUCGCUGGUACUAACAGACCAGAUGUACUUGACCAAGCUCUUAUGCGUCCUGGUCGUUUCGACAGACAUAUCUCUAUUGACAGGCCGACGAUGGAUGGUAGAAAGCAAAUUUUCAAGGUUCACUUGGGCAAGAUUGUCACAAAUGAAAACAUCGAGUACUUGACUGGACGAUUGUCAGCCAUGACUCCUGGAUUCUCUGGUGCUGAUAUUGCCAACUGUGUCAAUGAAGCUGCUUUGAUUGCUGCUCGAACAAAGGCCAAAUCUGUCGCCAUAGUGCACUUCGAACAAGCCAUUGAGCGUGUCGUUGGUGGUCUCGAGAAAAGAUCUCUCGUUCUAUCACCGGAAGAGAAGAAGACAGUCGCUUAUCACGAAGCAGGCCACGCCGUUUGCGGUUGGUACUUCAAGUGGGCUGAUCCACUCCUCAAGGUUUCUAUCAUCCCCCGUGGUCAAGGCGCCCUUGGAUACGCACAAUACCUUCCUGCCGGCGACACUUAUCUCAUGAACGUCAACCAACUUAUGGACCGUAUGGCUAUGACUCUUGGUGGACGUAUAUCCGAAGAACUCCAUUUUGAGACCGUCACUAGUGGUGCUAGCGAUGACUUCAAUAAAGUUACUCGGAUGGCCACCGCUAUGGUCACCAAAUGGGGCAUGUCUAAAAAGCUCGGCCCCCUUCAUUUCGAGACCGAUAAAGAAAAUCAACUCACGAAGCCUUUUGCCGAAGCCACAGCCCAGAUUAUCGAUUCAGAGGUUCGACGCAUCGUCGACGAAGCAUAUGAAAAAUGUAGAAAGCUACUGGAGGAGAAGAAGGCUGAAGUGGGAAUUAUUGCCGAGGAACUUUUGAGUAAGGAGGUCUUGGGUCGAGAUGAUAUGGUGAGGUUGUUGGGACCAAGACCGUUUGAUGAAAAUAAAGAUUUUGUCAAAUAUUUUGGUGGAGGAUCGUUUGGAAAGAGCGCUCCACCGCCACCAGCGACCGAAAUCACAGAUUCGCCGACUGAGAAUCCUAGUCCUCUUGCAUAG